AUGCCAAAACUGAAUUUCAGCCAACUCAAGCAUUAUUGGGAGAAGCUUAAAUUUGAAGUGAAAUGGCGAUGGGAGGAUAUUAAACAUGAACACACUUAUGGAAUGCCUGAUGAUCCUAACGAGCCUCCAUCUCCUAAAGUUCCGAUCAAAGUCCGAAUACGAUUCAUGUAUGAGGCAAUUAUUGAAACAUUUGUCGAAUUGAAAAAUGAUACCGUUGCAGCCAUGGAAACAGUCGGAUUAAAAAGUAAGAAAGAGCCAGAACUACCACCAAAUGAAGAAUCUGUACAAAUUAAUGAACAAACACCGAAUGUUAAUAAUAAUGAUAAACCAUCAACAUCACACAUGGAUGAUUGGCAAGGUUUUCAAGCAAAAUUUCAACAUUUUGUGAGAACACGAUUCACACUCGUCCAAUCGUCGAUUCGGCAAUUUCUCAUCGGAUAUAAUGAAGGAAUGGGAAGAGAUUUGGGAACAUUUAAAAAAAAGCAAGAUGUGUCUGAUUUAUUGGGUACUUCGGAAAUGAUCAACAAAGAAGAUUGGAUGAAUAAGAUAAGAACUAUGGCCGGAGGCCUCCGGAAAUUUAGAGAGGAAAUGCACGGAAUAGCUCACAUUAAAGAAGAUGAUACACUACUAAAAGAAGACUUGGAAAAAGCCAAGGAGAUCCAAGAAAAAGACAGUCAACUAAAUUUGUUCAAAAUGAACUCGGAAACUUUUAGUCAACAUUAUUCCAUGUUUCGGGAGGAAGUGAAAAGCAAACCCACUGAUUUGGAUACAGCGUUACCAAAUACGAAAACAAAUGAGGGCACGACUAGUGUUAAUGAUAAUAGUUCUCCAAAACAAAAUAUAUCAUCUUAA